GUUUAAUAGCCACAAGUUAAAGCUUAUUUAUUUAUAAAGGCCCCUUAAAAGAAGAAUAAUUUCUAAAAACUUAGUUUACUUUCUAGUUCCAGAGGAUAACAACUCCAAGUCCCUACUUAACAUAAAAGAACGACCCAAAGAGACAUCUGCAGUAGACAGAAUGCCGACUAAUCGAGCUGUUUGGAUCAAGGGUCCCAAGUCCUAUCCCCUGGAAGUCGGCCCGGCUACGUUUCCGACUCCGAAGUCAGGUGAAGUUGUCAUCAAGGCCCAAAGCUAUGCUCUGAAUCCAGUUGAAUGGAAGAUUCAAGAACAGGACUUCUUUAUCAAGACCUACCCGUUUAUCCUUGGUGCUGAUGUCGCAGGUUAUGUUGAGGAUAUUGGCGAAGGUGUAACUCAUGUCCAAAAGGGCCAACGUGUUAUGGGAUACUGCAUUGGCCUGGGAGUGAACAACCCAGCAUUCGGCGCUUUCCAGCUCUAUCCUACUCUGUUUGCCCCAUUGGUGUGCCCGAUUCCGGAUAGUUUGAGCUUCGACGAGGCAGCUGUAGCUCCCCUCGCUGUUACUACGGCAGCUGUGAACCUUUACCACCGUUCUCACCUGAACUUGCCGCUCCCGAGCCUGAGCCCUCAACCCAGUGGCAAGGUCUUAUUGGUCUGGGGCGGAUCAUCUUCGGUCGGUUCUACGGCUAUUCAGUUAGCUGUCGCUUCUGGUCUGGAGGUGAUAAGCACUGCGUCAGAGCUCAAUCAUAGCCUCGUCAAAUCCGUUGGCGCGACUACCGUCCUUGACUACAAGAGCCCGGCCAUUGUGCAAGAUGUUGUUUCCGUCCUGUCAGGUCGUGAGCUUGUCGGCAUUUUUGACGCCAUUUCUGAACCAGAAUCCAUGAAACCUAUCAAUGAAAUCCUCGACCAAAUUGGGAGCCACAAAGUCGGUCUUGUUGUACCACCAACGAUCGAGCUGUCGAAGAACUUCAUUCCGACAAUGUCACUUGCUUUUGAGAUUUUGAGUAGUGAUGAAAGCAAGGUUUUGAACCAUAUAUGGAAGGACUAUCUUCCCCAAGCUAUCCGCCAAGGUAGCUUUCAGCUACAGCCUCCUCCGGUUGUUGUUGGCAAGGGCCUUGGUGAAAUACAGCAAGGACUAGAUAAGUUGAAAGCUGGAGUCUCAGGCCAAAAGUUUAUCGUGCACGUCUGAGUUGCAUAUGUCUCCUGGGUGCUUCCGUAUACGUCAUAGCUUUUCGUGGAAGGGUAGAGGAGAAUGGAGGACGCGGUAGACUGGGAUAUAAAGCUAAAGUUACCUCCAUC